CACUUCCGGUACAGAUGAGACUGCUCUUCCGUUUGGUUACGUGUGUAACAUGAAGCCGCAACUCUAAAACGACGGAACCGGUGUGUCUCGUGGCAAGAGGCUGUUACGUACGGUACACAAUGAGAUUUCUAGAUCAAUUCAUUUAUUUCCUCGCAAUAGCCGGUCUGGCGAACGCUGGCGGACCUACGCUCGUUUUACUCGAUAAUUUAGCUAUUAAGGAAACGCAUUCCAUAUUUUUCAAGACAUUACAAGAUAGUGGAUAUACGUUAACAUUUAAAUUAGCAGAUGACGCUAAUUUACAACUUUCCAAGUAUAGAGAAUAUUUGUAUGAACAUUUAAUUAUAUUUGCUCCAUCCGUGGAGGAAUUCGGUGGUGCUUUAAGUGUUGAUACUAUCACCGAUUUCAUUGAUGGAGGUGGAAAUGUUUUGGUCGCUGGUUCCUCUCAGUCUGGAGAUGCUUUGCGUGAACUAGCAUCCGAAUGUGGUUUUGAAAUAGAUGAAGAGGGUUCUGCAGUCAUAGACCACUUGAAUUAUGAUGUUUCUGAUAAUGGAUAUCACACCAAGAUAAUUGCUGAUCCAUCUACUUUGAUAGAUGCUCCUGUGAUUGUUGGAAACAAGAAUAUACAACCUUUGUUAUACCAGGGAACAGGUUUAAUUGCUGACACAGACAAUCCAUUGAUCUUGCGUUUGUUAACAGCAUCUAGUUCUGCAUAUUCCUACAAUCCACAGAAUCCCAUUAAGGAUUAUCCUCAUGCAGUCGGCAAAAACACAUUGCUGAUAGCAGGUUUACAAGCCAGAAACAAUGCAAGAGUUGUGUUCUCUGGCUCACUGUACUUCUUCAGUGAUGAAGCUUUCACUAGUUCUAUUCAGAAAGCUCAAGGUGGACAGAAGUACGAGAAAUCUGGUAAUGAAGCUGUAGCUACAGCAAUUGCAAAGUGGGUCUUUAAAGAGAAUGGUGUAAUACGUGUUUCUUUGGUGCAUCAUCAUAGAGCUGGAGAAACUGAUCCACCAGCAGCUUACACCAUUAUGGAUGAUGUUGUUUAUUCUAUAGAUGUCCAGAAACUUUCAGGAGAUAAAUGGGUUCCUUAUGAAGCAGAUGAUUUACAGUUAGAGUUUGUUCGAAUUGAUCCCUUUAUCCGCAUGACAAUGAAGCCAGUUGGAAGUGGUCGCUAUGAGGCGAGAUUCAAGAUCCCUGAUGUAUAUGGAGUGUAUCAAUUUAAAGUAGACUACACUCGUAUUGGUUUGACUCACUUGUACAGUACAACACAAGUAUCUGUUCGUCCUCUACAACACACUCAAUACGAACGUUUCAUACCAAGUGCAUAUCCUUACUAUGUAAGCGCCUUUUCGAUGAUGGGCGGCGUAUUUUUAUUCUCCCUUUUGUUCCUGCAUUAUAAAGAGGAUACGAAACCGAAGUCUGAAUGAUUUCUAUGCAGCUGUAAACGUUUACAGAUACUUUACGAUUGACUAAACGUGUACACAAUGUCAUUUUUCUGGCGUACACAUUCCGAAGAUGAAGAAGGUGCUUAAUCAGGUCAUAGUAAUAACAUGUUCACAAUGCAUAAGUAUUGUACAACAUUUAUAUUUAUUUAAUUCUUGAACGGGUUAAUUAACCUGCACCGACGGUGCAAAAGAACAAUACCAUACUAAAUGUGUACUUUAGAAGUAGUUCUUGUACCAAAAUUGUAUUUUAUUACACCAUUAGAAAAUUUUUUAAAUAUUGUUAAAACAGAAUACAGGAGGGGAGAAAAAAUUCAGUUUACAAAAAGUAAA